GGGGCGAGUCGGCUACCACGGCGCGGCGCCUCCCCGUUCAGGAAGAAGAAACUACACUUCCCGAGGUACCCCGCGGUCCCGCCGCCAGAUAUAAGAGGCCGCCCCGACACGCUGGCUCAGAGGGCGCGGAAGUCGGAGGCGGUUUUGCAGUUCUGAGAGUAUCGACGUAGCUUCCUGCCUGGCCAAGAUGUGCGACAAACCGGAUCUGUCGGAGGUGGAGAAGUUUGAUAAGAAGAAGCUGAAGAAAACGAAUACGGAAGAGAAGAACACGCUUCCUUCCAAGGAGACCAUUGAACAGGAAAAAGAGUCUGCCAAGUCAUCAUAGACCACCGGCAUGAUGAUCUCAGUUGUUUCUCUAAAACAACGUAUACAUAAACUUGCAUCUCAAGAAAUGCUGCAGCAGCCCAUCAGCGGCUGCUACCUCUUUGGGCCUCCCCCCCCCCCCUCCACCACCACACACACCUUUCAGGGCUUGGCCAUGCCCUCUGCUUCCAUCACAGAAGAAAAAAUAAUUCACAGGAAAUUUCUGGGGUUUGCCCAGUAUGAUUCUCAUCGUUUGCCUUUCUUGUCAGAUGGGGUGAUUUCAUCAGUUAAAUCCUAAUUAGUAAAAUUGUUUGUGAUUGGUUUUGCAACUUUAAUUUCCAAGAAAUGGAAAGAAAAAUCUAUUAAAAUUUUUAAAAUGAA